AUGAACAAUAACAACUAAAAUUACUAAUAUCAGAACCUUCAAGACCAAUAGUAUAAUAAUAACAGCUAUAAUCCUUAAUAGCAUCAAUUGGGCUAACCAUUCAUUUACAAUCAAAAUAAUAAUUAUAAUGAAUAUGGCUAUCAAUAUCCUUAGUAGUAGGUAGGAAUAAAUCAAAACAAUAAUCAAUAAAAUCCAGCUUUUGUGAUUAACACAGAUCCAAACCUCAUAAAUAUUUAAUACUCAAGUCCUGAAAUAAUAUAUUGCACAGCUCCAAUUAGAUCUAGAAGAAAAUAUGGUAAUCAAGGAGUAGGAGUGAGUGGUAUAGUUAACGCACUGCAGCAGAUUUAUUCAGAAUUAAAUUUAAUCAUCCCUAACCUCAAUUUGAUAGGAUAAUUUAACUUGCUAUCAAAUUAAUAAAUGGAAAAUAAAGUACUACAACAAAUUAUUAACAACAACAGAGGUUUUUAAAAUGAAAUUAUUAGAAACAGUAAAAUAUUUUACUGUUGUAAGUCUCUAUAAUCAAGCAUUAAAAAGUACUUCUACUAUUUAUUAAUUUUGUAUUGUGUUUCAUUAGCUAUCUUGUCUAUAGGAUACCCAAUUUAUCUAUAAGACUCUGAUUCUUAAUCUGAUUUAGUUACUCCUUUUGCUAUUCAAAUAACACUAUUAGCUGUUUAGAUAUUAAUUUUACUAAUUUCCAUUCUAAAAACUCUACCAAAGCUAAUUAAACUAAAUCUUUUAUUAGGUAUCUUGAAUUUUGCUUAUAGUUUUAUAAUAACAGUUGUUUCUGGAUUUGUAGAGUUUAAUCAUGGUUUUAACAGCAAUGCAGGAUUGCGUUUUGGAAUUUAAAUACCUUGUAUUAUUUUAUUGAGUUUUAGUUUACUCUUCUCUGGAGCUCUAAUAGCUGGUGUUAGAAGAUUUUUAAUUCUAGUAAAGUAGCUAGAUUAGAUUGAGUUUACUAACAAUAGUUGUAUUUGA